UUAAUAUUUAAUAUGAUCUCUUGUAGAAUAAUUUUACUGGUGAGUAAUAGAAACAAUUUGUCAACAAAUAUUUCAUAUGAUAUUUUCGUGAAUGAUACAAAUAAAUAAAUCCUAAUUGAAAAUUACUUUAAAUAUGUUAAUAAAGAAUAAGGCUAAAAUGUCUGAAAAUUAUUAACAAUCUACCCAAUGAAUUGUUGUCGCUUCUACAGUUUUAUUUUACUUUCAGAGACACAAACACCGUCAUUCGGUCAGGAACAAAAUCAGAGAGGUUUGAUUAAUACUAUCUGCGUUUAAUGGUUACACUGCUCUUCACGUUCAUUUCAUUUUCUGUAUACUUAAAAUAUCAGACAUUUAGUGGUAUAUCAAAUAUUGGCAUUCAAAGUUGUGUAUGCUCUCCAAGGAUACCCCAUAGUUUCUUUCACAUUUUACAUUAAGUGUCUGAUUCUGUUCCUAGCUAGCUUGAGAUGAUAUUGUAUUGAGUGAAAAUUUAGGGCAUAUAUAUUUCAUAUAAAUGUUUGCAUUUUCAUAUAGAUUUCUUUUUGUUGUCGCUUCUUAGUUUCAGUUUCGUUAUCUUCGACUUACUUUGUUAUAUACCCUAUUUGUUGUCAUUUAUUAGCUGCUUUAACAUUUUGAUUGUAGUUAUAACCUUAGAAAGUAUUUUUAUUUCCUAUAAUACAAAGUUUACAACUAGUAUAUUUCUUCACUGACCUCUGAAUCUGACCUCUAGUCUAGUUUAUUUUGACCUGAUUGUCAUAUAUUCGGACUGACUUUGUCAUUCACCCGUAUACAUCCUUUAUCUUUUAUCAAGUUAACUGAUAGUAUUUGCAAAAUGUCCGGAUAGCACAGCAGGUAAAGAAGUAGGUUUUCGGAUAGCUUAAGGCAAAACAGGUUUGUAACCCGUCAUGAAGCUUGUCGUUAAACGUCUUCCCUUUUCAUAAUUUUAAUUUUAAUUGUAUUUGUUUUCGUUCUCAAGUUAUCUUAUAAUAUACGAGGAUUUUUAUUGAUACAUAUUUUUUAUAAGAAACUGAGCUAAGGUAACUUAGAAUGCUCUCUUCCCUACGUCUGUACAAAAUGCAAUGGCAGAUUUUAUUAUUCCUCUGAUAUGGCCAUUAUGCUUGUACAUCGCCGAAAUCUAACUUUAUCAAUGUAUGCUGACCGAACUCAUUUUCUGUAAAAGUAAAGUUUUGCGAGAGGGUUAUAUGCAAAGAAAAACAACAAAAAAACCAUCAAUAAAUACAUAAAUACAUAAUACAUGUACUAACGUAACAUCACAACCCUAUAGUCAGGAAAAGUCUAUAUCUUAAAGUGCAGUCACGACACAAUACUCAGUGACGACCUAUAUCUACAGCUGAUAUUUUGGUUUGUUUGUUUGAUGUUGUCCAAAAUUACUUCAGUUAUAUAAUGGUGGGCAGUUAACAGAUAGAACUCUGCCAAAAGUGUGAUAAAUAGCAUGACAUAUCAAACAGUCUGUCAUAUUUCAUUUAGAAACACCAUGGAAUGAAAACCAGCAAAUACAGAAAGAAAUCAAAUCGUCACCAAACUGCAGAGCAGUUGGAGAUGACGAUGAAGAGUUCGCUUGUCAAGGUGGUAAAGGGGCGGUUGCUGUAACACCAUUGAAUGAAAACGAGCAAGUAAAGGAAGAAAUUAUAUCAUCAUCAAAAUACCAAGCAGCUGAAGAUGACGAUGAAGAGUUCGAUUACCAAGAAGGUAUGCGUGCUCCAACACCAUUGAAUGAAAACCUACAAAUAGAGAAAGAAACUAAAUCAUCACCAAAAUACCAAGCAGUUGGUGAUGACGAUGAAGAGUUCGAAAACCAUGGAGGAGUGUUUGCUGUAACAUCAUUGAAUGAAAACGAGAAAAUAAAGGAAGACAUUAUAUCAUCAUCAAGAUACCAAGCAGUUGAAGAUGACAAUGAAGAGUUCGGAUACAUAGGAGGUAUGAUUGCUCCAACACCAUUGAAUGAAAACCUACAAAUAAAGAAAGAAACUAAAUCAUUACCAAAAUACCAAGCAGAUGGAGAUGACGAUGAAGAGUUCGCAAACCAAGGAGGAGUGUUUGCUGUAACACCCUUGAAUGAAAACGAGCGAACAAAGGAAGAAAUUAUAUCAUCAAAAUACCAAGCAGUUGAAGAUGACGAUGGUGACGAGUUCGAUUGCCAAGGAGGUAAAGGAAUUGUACAGCUUUUCUUUUAGUUACAUAUUUGUAAAUAUCAUCAAGUAUCUUUACUUAGUGAUUUUUGAAAACAAGCAUUGUAAAGGUUGUAGCGUGAAAUAUAGUGUUCCACAUAGCCACCUGUUUCAACAAUUUUCAAUUAUUGGUGAGAUACGAAAACUAUAACUCUAUUAUUUUUGACAAUUUUAAACAUCGGAAUGAUAAAAUAGUAUUUUUGGUCAUACAUUACAAUUUCAUCGAAACAAGCCAUCAUUAAGUAUAUCAGAGUAUCGCAUAUAAAGGUGAUGUAUGAAUAACAUCGGUUUAACAAACAGUGACUAAAAUGCCUUAAUUUAUGAUGUCAUUAAAUCGUCCAUUCGCGAUUACUGAAGGAUUGUAUAAAAUGUACGGAAAUAUACCUCCUUUAAAACAAAUUGAACGUUUGCAAGCAUAAUCUUAACGAUAGUUAAAAUACUCCUGUGAAGAAAAAGCCAUCAUUAAAAGUAUACUCUAAACGUAGAUGGCGAACAAGCCAUUAUUAAAAGUAUACCUCCUUCGAAACAAAUUGAACGUUUGCAAGC